AUGCGCGUUUUCAUCUCGGACCUAGGGUCAUCUCUUUCAACAGAGUUGGCACACAAUUGCCAAGUUGCCGGCCAUGAAGUUGUCGGCACGGUCGUUCGAGAUAAGACAUCCAAAGUGGUCGCGUUGACAAGCCACAUCGAAAGUCAUUCCGUCAACGGGUCCGUAAAUGAAACCGUCGCGGAACAAAGCGAUGCAAUAUCGUGGCGCCGACUUAUGCAGCAUGCCGAUGUCGUCAUAGUCACUUCGCUGGUAGCCGACCCAAAAUCAGCCAUAGAAAUGAUGAAGGCAUUUGAAAAGCGUGAUACUAUCAUGGAAAAGGAAGGCGACAAAUCAGUUAAACGCUUUAUCGCAGUAUCUUCUGUGCUAUCGUGGAGCAAAAACUCACCAUAUUCAGCUUCGGGGAAUUAUUGUGCGCAUACUGAGGACGAAUUCAAGUUACGACGCCCUGCGCGAAUAUUUGCAGAGCUAAAAACUGCCGAGACUCAAAUUUUGAGUGCACAUCGGACAGCAGCAUUCGAAACCUAUAUCGUCGGAGCUGGACUCAUAUAUGGUGGUGUUCAGUCCCCGAUACAAAUGAUAUUUCGCGAGGCUUGGCUGCAUCCAGACCAGCCUCUUCUCGUUCCAAGUCUUGCCGAAAAAGCUAAAAACACCAGUCAAGGUUGCAAUUUUUUGCCCAUGAUUAGUCUUUAUGACUUGGCACUGCUUAUUUUUCGUUUGGCCAUCUCACCAUCACCGCCUUCGAAAACGUACUUGCUUGCAGUAGAUAAGGCUAGCGCCAAAACAAACCUGCGUGACAUAUGCCGAGGAGUUAGCAUAUUGCUGGGAUCAGGACGACUUCGCGAUCGGGAGGAUUCCAUUGGUGCUGUUGAUAUUGAAGCUGAUACCUUUCUAUUGGAUGAAGAUGAAAAACUUUUGGCUUCGCUUCAACUGCAUUUGUGUUUCGAUACUUCCGCAGGGGCUAUGCAUACGUUAGUGGCAGCUGAAGAGUGGCACCACUAUUCAAGCGGCUUAUUAGGAAAUUUGGAAUUUUUCGUCCAUGACUUCAUAAAAUGUAUGGAUCUGCGUCCUUUGCGUACUGUCAUUCUUGGGGCACCUCGAGUUGGUAAGACUUUGCUUAGUCAGAGGCUAGCAAAAGAUUAUCAUCUACCAUAUCUGUCUCCAACGACACUUCUACACGAACUUUUUGUUUUCGAGAUUGACGCGACGCAUUCGAUUCCACCUGAGGCAAAUCAAUCUGAUUUAAAGACCUCACGUGAUAAUGAAGAGAUAAAAAGUCUGCGGAAAGAAUUGCAACACUGGGCUCCAACUUGCCAAAAUAGUGCUGAGCUCCCAGAGGAUGGGCUGAUAAAAUUACUACGCUGGAAGCUUUGUAGCCCUGCAUGCCGUAACCAAGGUUACGUGCUGGAUGGGCUUCCAAUUUCAUCGGCUCAGGCAUGCCGAAUUUUCUUUGACGAGUCUACUUUCAAAGAUGACGGGGAAGGGGAUGCAAUUGAGGUCAAAGAAAAUGAGUCAGUAAGCAUAGUCGAUGAAGCAGAUGGUCUCAAUGAAAAGAGUAAUGCUGAGGCAAUUGCUCAUAUCCCAGUUGAAGAUGUCGACGCUUUACUGGUGUCGUUGAAGCCACGACAGCGCGUUGAAAUACCAAAUCGAGUGAUAGUGCUAAACGCUUCUCGUGUGAUAUUAGAAAUGCGCGCGCAAAUGUUGACAGAGUCUGAAGCUAAACUAACUGGAAAUACCGAGGACACAUUUGCUCGACGUUUUGACGAGUUCGAGAUAAAUAUUGAAGCAGUAGAGGAGAUUUUUGAAAAGUCGAAGCCGCAAUGGGAAGCAGAUGAGGCUGGAUCGAACCCGACAACAGAUGGCGUGGAAGUCCUAGAAAUCACUUUACAGGAUGAGCUCGAAUAUUGCGACGAUGCAUCGUUUGCUGGGCCCAUUAAGCGAUACAUGGAGCAAGGAGGGCGCACACCGUUCAACUUCCAUCCCACACCGGCCGAAGUGCGCGAGCAGCAACGAGUCAGGGAGUUACAAGUACAUGAAGACGAAGCUCGCGCGGCGCAACGCAAUCAUGAGUUUGAUGCACAAAAUGAAGCGCUCCAGCAGGUAAGGCUUGCGCGAGAACGCGCAAGACUUGAUCUUGUGCAACGUGAAGAGGCCGAGCUUUUAGAAAUGCGUGCUCAACCAUUGAGGGCAUACCUAAUGGAUACAGUGUUGCCAGCACUAACUGAAGGAAUUCUGGAAGUUGUUCAAGUGCAACCCUUGGAUCCAGUUGAUUAUUUGGCCGAGUUUCUGUUUCGCAAGGGCCAGGAGCUAGACGUAGAGACUAGCUAA